GAGCGUUCGGCCCGCCCGGGAAUCUGGCUGAGCAGCGGCCCCGGAACCUGGGUGGAGAGAGAGCAGCGAGCGGAUCCGAGAAGGCGCAUCGCGGGGUGGCACGGCUGCGCGCGAAAAGCCGCCGGGCGGUUCGGAGAAGGGGCUUUCUCUGGGCUUUAUAUUGCUGCAGUCGCUAAUUUGCAAGUUCCUGGUGGAACCACAGUCCUAGUGGAGGUCACUCCAGAUAUCCACAUUUGUGGCCUCUGCAAACAACAAUUCAACAAUCUUGAUGCCUUUGUUGGUCACAAAAGGAGUGGCUGUCAACUGUCUGGCACAACAACUGGCGCUACCAGUACAGUGCAGUUUGUGGCUGAAGAAACAGUGCCAGCCUCACAAGCACAAACCGUUGCAAGGACCAUCACAUCAGAAACACAAACCAUCACAGUAUCGGCACCCGAGUUUGUUUUUGAACAUGGCUACCAAACUUACCUGUCUGGUGAGAACGGUGAACCUCGGACAGCUACUCUUGUUACCACUCCACUGAAAUCACGCAGCAAAAAGUCCAACACAUCAGCGGCUCAGAAGAAGUUCAAUUGCAGCUACCCAGGGUGUCAGUUCAAGACAUCUUAUGGAAUGAAAGACAUGGAACGGCACUUAAGAACACACACAGGUGACAAGCCUCAUAAAUGUGAAGUUUGCGGCAAGAAUUUCAGUCGCAAAGACAAGCUGAAAAUGCACAUGCGCUCCCACAGCGGAGUGAAACCUUACAAGUGUAAGCACUGUGACUACGCAGCGGCCGAGAGCAGCAGCCUAAACAAGCACCAGCGCAUCCAUUCCGACGAGCGGCCUUUCAAGUGCCAGAUCUGUCCUUACGCCAGCCGAAAUUCCAGUCAGCUCACCGUUCAUCUCAGAUCUCAUACCGGAGAUGCUCCUUUCCAGUGCCGUCUGUGCCCUGCCAAAUUUAAAAUCAACUCUGACUUGAAGAGGCACAUGCGUGUGCACACAGGGGAGAAGCCUUACAAAUGUGAGUUCUGCGAAGUCCGGUGUGCCAUGAAAGGUAACCUGAAGUCCCACAUCCGCAUCAAGCACAACAUGGAAAAUGCCUUCAAAUGUCUCGUCUGCAAGUUCCAGUGUGGGAAUAAGACAAGUCUCCGGCAGCAUCUGCGCACCCACCAGCCUGAGCAGGCUGUGAAAUGCUCAGAGUGCUGCUAUUCCUGCUCAAACAAGGCGACCCUCAAAGUACAUGAGAGGAUCCACUCCAAGGAUCGCCCUUUCAAGUGUGAGUUCUGCCGCUUUGAUACCAAGCAACGGAGCAAUUUGACCACCCAUGUGAAGAAAGCCCAUCCCGAUAAGGUCAGAAUCAGAGAAAAUAUAUCAGGUCAAGGGGAAGGAGAUCGGCCAAAGGAAGGCAACUCCAGACAAGUUGCCAAGCUGGAGGCCAAGAAAGCCUUCAGGUGUGAUUUCUGUGAGGCCUCCUUUGUCCGGGAGGACUCUCUGAGGAGCCAUAAAAGGCAGCAUGUUGAAUAUAAUGGAAAUAAAACUUCUGAGCUGGCUGUCCUGCAGUUCCAGAUGGACCCUACCCCACAAGAUGGUACUCCCAUUACUGUUAGUCAUCUGCAGAUGCCUUUGCACACUUCCCCCUAUGGGGAAGGGCAGGUCAAGAUCAUUGUUGGGCAUCAGCUGCCCCAGGGCAGCAGCUUGGAACAAGGAGGUCAAGUCAAUAUUGUGUCUCCUACUUUAAUAACUCAGAAUCAGGAUGAUCUGUCUAGCAGUAACCAGCUGCAAAUACUGCAACAGGUGAGCUUAUUGGCUCCACCCCUUCCUGUUGGGUCUUCGGCAGAAAGCCUUUCAGUUGGUCAACCCACAGUCCUUCUCACAACUCACAACCAGGCUGAUGGAAGCACACCAAACCAGACCCUGAUCUCCACCAUUCCAGUAGGCAGCCAUGAGGUCUCAACUAACCAGGCCUUCAUCAAUGGCACAGGGAUCAGCUGCUCAGAUUUGGAAGGGCUCAAUGCUUUAAUUCAAGAAGGGGCAGAAGAAGUGACAGUGGUCAGUGCUGACGAGCAGAACAUCUCAGUGCAAGCAUCAGCGUCCCCUCCACCAAUCUUUUCAUCCUCUUCUCAUUCAGGUGUGCCAAAGCAAACCUACUCCAUCAUCCAAAGUGGAGCCCAUGCGAAUUUGUUGUGUCCCGCAGACUCCAUACCAGAUUAGACUGGAGGCUGAAAAAAUCAUUUGUUUGCUCCAUUUAGUCUUAGAGUGCAGAGCCUGGUGCCCCUUCUCAAAAUGAGCAUCGUUUGCAUUCAUGAGAAAUAUGGCGUUACUGCUGUCUUUAAGGGGACAUUGUGGUAUGAAUAGAUGCUCUUAGGUGGGGAUAAGUCCUGUUGCACAAGACUCCUUUUUAUCACUUUCAGGUCUAAAUUUCUUGUUUGGUCUAAUAACAUAUCUAUCAUGCUUAAAUAAUAUCUCUUUAGCAUAACGUAUCCAACUUUGUUCUAGGCUUAAAGAGAUACCCAGUGAGUUACCUGCAUGGGAAAUUCUCUUCAAAGCUUGUAGCCUUAAUGGGAACCAUUGAAAAUUGUUCACUGGAUCUUGGGUUCCCCUCCCCUCUCUCUCUUUUUUUUUUUUUUUUUGCUUUCAUAUAUCAGACUUUAAAUUGUGUUGAAUGUAUAAAUGAUACAUUUUUAAUACGUAUAAGAAGUAUUGCUGGAUUGUUCUGCACUGUGACCAAUGACUUUAGAAGGGCUAAAGAACAAUAUCUGGAUAUGAUGUUGCAAUAUCAUUCCCCAAAGUGGCUUUGUUCUUCUGUCUUCAAAAGCAGUUUGACGUGUAACAGUCAAGACUGUCAUGGAGGAAAGUGGGGAGAGAAAUAUCAGGUGUUGUUGUUGAUAGUAUUAAAUAGGCAAGUUAAAUUAAGUAGCUCAGGGCAGAAGCAGUUAACUACUUUUUGAAUAUCUGAGUUCUGUAUCAAGACUAGGAGGACCAGCUUUUGAACCUCACAAUACAUGGGGCAGAUGGUCUACCACAGUGUUUCCCAAACUUGACAAUUUUAAGGCAUGAGGACUUCAACUCCCAGAAUUCCACAGCCAGCAACGCUGGCUGUGGAAUUCUGGGAGUUGAAGUCCACAUGCCUUAAAAUUGUCAAGUUUGGGAAACACUGGUCUACCAUAUAUCUGAACCAUCUGCAGCAGACCAGUUGUGUGGUGCCUCAGAUAUGUAUAGGCAAGCUCCACAUGUAUCAGGGAUCUUCUUUUUUUUCCAGAUGUGGCACUUACAGGAUACAUUUGAGUAUCCCCCUAAACCAGCCCUAUGACUUAGCAUGGAAAGCACUUAUUAUCUUCCUCUUACACCAGUUGGUUUAUAGGAAAUAGAUGCCACUUUUUACUUCAGAGGAGAAGCAAGAGCACAGUGUUGAUGUGACGUUUGUCAAGAGAAGGAGGGAAUGUGGCAAGCAUCCUGGACUGAAAAAUACACAUGUCAAACUCUAACACACAAAAAGUAGGACACUUUCACUAUUUAAUGGAAGUAAAAACUAUUUUGAAAUCCUGGUUUUGUUUGAAGGUUGCCUUCAUUUCUGCAGCAUGCAAUAAAGUAGCUUAAAUAGUUAACCAACAAUUAGAUGGGACUAUACAACAUGUGAUCCAUUGAGCCCAACACAAUCAUUUAUAUAGUACAGCGUACUGGGAACAUACCCAAAGAUGCAGGCAGAUGUAGGGUUUGUUUAACAGUUCUCACUGUGCUGGGAAAUAUUCAGCCAUUAGAACAUCUUGAUAAAGUGCUAUUCCAGAUUAUGUGUAAUUAAUGGGAAAAAUGCACUCCAUUUCUGACCCAUUGUUGUGGUAUGUAUGUACAUAGAAGCUGGUAAUUAAUUUUUUUUGUCAUCUGUAGAUGGUGCUAGAACUCAAGCUGAGGUUUGAGAGGAAGGACAUGUUUAAAAACAUGUACUGUAUGUCCAAUGAGUAUUUCCUGUAACAAACUGAGCUGAACUGUUUUGUUUCAGUAGAUGUACAUGAAUGUUAGCUUAGAAAACACUUCCACCAAAAGGAUACCAAGAUUUCUUCAGUAAUCAAUAAUAUAAAAGUAAUUAAAAUUUAAGUUUCUGUUAGUUUGGAAAUGGAGCAGAUUGAAGAUCUGAUAUUGCAUGUGCACAAGCAAAUGUUUGUAUGUGUAUACUUAGGUAUACAAAUCUAUAUAGUUAUGUUUAUAUGAAACAUAUGACUGAUUUUUCAGUGAAAAGUUGAGAAUAUAGUCUUUUAUCAGGCAAAAGUUUUAAUCCACCUAAGGCAAGAGAUGAAUAGUCAGAGACUCCAGUGCUACAAAUGUUAUUGGAAAGUUUUAGAUGAGGUCCCAAGAGACUAAUAAAUUUUAUUAUCAAAUUACCAUUUUAAUAUGGGAGAAGUGAGGAAAUAGUCUAUAUGUGAUAGAAGAAUAAAACUGUUAAUACGUUAUUUAAAUGUAAGUUAAAUGAAUUAACGGGGUUUUUAUUUUAUCUUUACUCACUAGUUUUGUUCAUGCAUUCGAACAUUCAAAGGUCAAGUACCAUUCCUGGCCCAGAAGGAGGUUUCCAGCGUAGCAUUUUGAGCUUUAUCUAUAGAUCAUGGAUUCUUCGGUUUACAAAGUAGAUACUGCUACUAAAUUAUCACCACUGUCAGUUUAUACAGUUCAUUAGCUCCUUCACUGCUUCUAAGUUACAUGUUUAAAACUUAGAAAACUAUA